AAGCAAUACAAAUAAAAGUUAUCCAGUAAGUAUCUACAGUAGAUCUACAGUAGCCUGUUCAUGUGUCUGUGAUAUGCCAUUAGCCAUUAGCUUUCCCAUUGUUUUAACAUUGUGAUGCCUGGAGCAACAACAACAAAAACACUAAACACAUUAAUGUGAAAUUAAAAUACAGUGAACAUGAACAUGCUAAUUGAACGUUCUUUCUUUUGCCUUUCCAAUUCCCAAUGUAAUGUCUGGCCUGUAGCUCCCUCUGGUGGCGCGUUACUAAAAUCACAUUCAAAUCACUGUAAAACUUCAAUAGACUGAUUCUAAUGACCAAUCAACAAUACAAUCAUAGUUUAUCAGGUGCAGUCUUCAUUGUUCCAACUGUAUUAAGUUAUCAUGCAGAUAUAACGUGGUUAACGGAUCCAUGGCUCUGCGUGGUAGUCUAGGAUACAGUCUGAACACAGUUUAUGUUGAAAUAGCAUGGCUGGUGUGCAGGUAAACGUUAAUUAAAUUCUCCUAUUCGGGAUGAAUUUAGUUCUGUGGAUUACGUUAUCUUGGUUUUUGAGUAAAGAAAAUAAUUGCGAAAUGUGUGUCUGCUUAUUCAAAAAGUUGUGUUGGUUAUUAACAUAGGAAGCACAGCAAAUGGGUACCACGUUGACGUGUGAAUUUACAUAUGCAUUCAUGUUGAAUAGCCAUAGACUAAUGAACUUUGAAUCACUUCGAGAUUAGAUCACCGUGCUGCGCAUGUGCAGUGUUAAAGCAAGUUCCUUUCCAUUCAAGAACUGUAAGGCUACAGCCAGCUGGUAGUUACCACAGCCAUAAAGUCAUAAUUAUGGCCAUACCUCGCCUAUUUCUAAAAGUAUCUUCUUAAAAUCUGAUUUUAAACCUAACCCGAACCUUCAAUUAAGACCAAAAAUACAAAAAUACAAUUUUUAAGAUAGGCCUAUAGCCAAUUUGACGUUGUGGCUGUGGUAACGCGCCUCGAUAGCCCAGAACAACAAGAACAAUAAUGAUUGUUCACUCACUGGCAUAAGGGCAUGUGAGCAUAGUUAACUGACUGAUUCUUGAUGAACAUUUUAAAAGUAUUACUCUUGUCAUCCCAAGAACUGGUAGGUCUACUUUACUGACUCAUAACAACAAUUGGCCACUUAACGGGCGCAUACCAGGAAAAACUAUGAGUUUGAAAGAUAAUUAAUAAUAAUUGUUUGUUUUCAGAAAUGGAUACUGUUUUAGUCUAAACAGCUCAGCAUUGCUCCACUUUCCAGAUAGCCUGUGGAUUUAUUUGAAAGGGCAGCGGACGCUUUCCAUGGUGCUGAAUGGCUGUUAAAAUGCAGUGUUCCUUUAAAAGUGUUUCAGAAUUCCUACAAAAUGUUGUCCAGCAGCGCUCGAAACUUCGCUUAUCUUCUCGCUCACCGCACACGCUCGAAAGGUGGAGUUUGUUAGUGCGUUGCUUGAAACGCCGGCUGCCUGUGGCUAUUGGAAAAAAGGCUUCUGAAAUCCCAGUCUCACCAUUGGCAAUGCAAAAGCAGGAGGGACCGGAACAAGGACAAGAGCGCAGUUCACCUGUGUUUCGGGAGGUAGCCGAGCAGUGUGGUUUCUGCUCCACAGAGAGAAGACGCAAUUCGAACCGUUCACUCGUUGUAUUGUGACAUGAGAAAAGUGGCGCUUGCCAUGAUUUCAACGUGCAGGUGAAACCGGAGAAGAUGUUUUUUAUUUCAGUCCCACUGCACAACUUCUAAAACAAAAAACAAUAAUUAAUCUUGUUUAUCGUCCGCGAGCGCUCAAAUAUUUCGCGCCACUCUCUCAGACGUCACACUUUCUCAAAAACUAUAAACUGUUUGGAGUGAAAACAAUGUCCCGCAAAAAGGCGGGUAAGGGCAAAAACGCCAACAGCAGCCCGAAGACAGGCAUCCCCACCGGAAACCAGAAGGGGGAAACUGGGAAGAGCACCGCAGGGACGGGGAGCGUGGUGCAGGCGAACGGUAUGGUUCAUCCGAGCAGACCCUCACUCAGCAACAGCAGCGAGUUUUAUGACAUCGCAUUCAAGGUGAUGCUGGUGGGAGACUCCGGGGUGGGGAAGACCUGUCUGCUGGUGCGCUUCAAAGACGGAGCCUUCCUGGCAGGAAGCUUCAUCUCUACUGUGGGCAUCGACUUCAGGAAUAAAGUGAUGAACAUUGACAGACUGAAGGUGAAGCUUCAGAUCUGGGACACAGCUGGACAGGAGCGUUUCCGCAGCGUCACACACGCCUACUACCGUGACGCCAAUGCUCUCCUGCUGCUGUAUGACGUGACCAACAGAACAUCUUUUGACAACAUCAAGGCCUGGCUGACUGAGAUCCACGAUUACGCCCAGCAGGAUGUGGUCCUGAUGCUGCUGGGAAACAAGGCUGAUGCCACACAGCAGAGGGUGGUGAAGAGAGAGGAUGGAGAGAGGCUGGCCAAGGAGUUUGGGGUUCCAUACAUGGAGACCAGUGCAAAGUCUGGCCUCAAUGUGGAGUUAUCCUUCACUGCUGUGGCCAAAGAGCUGAAGCACAGGUCUAUGAAGGAGCCCAACGAGCCCAAGUUUAAGCUUCAGGACUACGUCAACAAGGAGAUGAAGAGUGCUGGAUGUGCAUGUUAGAACACUGGGUGUGUGUGUGUGGGUACGUGUGCGCGUGCCAGCUCGUGUCCUUCUCCACGUCAGAUGUGUUACACUCAUACAAGGUGAUGUUAUAUGACUACCUGUGGCCUCAGCCUGUGAGAUAGAGAGCCGAUCAUGUGUGAGAUAUACCUACGUCACUAACCACCCAGUUUGUCUUUCCUUUGUCCUCUAUGCUCUCUGAAAUUAUGUCCAUAUUCUAAGGUUAUCUGUGAGGCGUCUCACUCCUCUCCUCAUCUCCCUCUUUUCCUCUCCUUUCUCUUCUCUCCUCUCUUCACCUCUCUCCCAUCUCUCCUCUCCUCACCUCCCUCUUUUCCUCUCCUUUCUCUUCUCUCCUCUCUUCACCUCUCUCCCAUCUCUCCUCUCCUCACCUUUCUCUAUUCCUCUCCUUUCUCUUCUCUCCUCUCUUCACCUCUCUCCCAUCUCUCCUCUCCUCACCUUUCUCUAUUCCUCUCCUUUCUCUUCUCUCCUCUCUUCACCUCUCUCCCAUCUCUCCUCUCCUCACC